GAACUGGGCCUAGGGUAGAGUGCAGUUGAAUUGACAGUAUAAUUAUACGCGCAUGCAAGCUUCAUCAUUAUAAUGCAGCAGAAAGGGUGUGGUACGGCUGCGCUAGCUGCCGCUUACACCCCCACCAAUUCGCAAGCUCCAUAACAAAGCUCUUGCCGUUGUCGUGAAGGAUGGAGAGAGGCUACAAAGGGCGACAGCUGCUUAGCUCUCUGCUGGUACUGUUACUGACGGUUUGGAGGACGACAGAAGGUCGCUACGUCGCCCAGUACGGGCUGGACUAUAGGACAUCGAUAGGAGACACCUCUUACAGAUAUCCAGACGGAAGUGGAGAAGAAGCUGCUAAGGACCGAAGUUAUUUUAUAAGUCAACUGAAUUUUGAGCUUCUCGAGGGUGCCGUGGUAACCGGUGCUGCAGAUAAACUGGUGUUCCUGAGUACCUCAGACCUCUCUCCACUGACUGAGUACCACUGGAGAGACAAAGAGAAUGAAGACAACUGUCGGAAAAUUGUUCGACUCUUCCUCUGCUGAGGUUCGGAAUUUCACUUGUCACAACCAUAUUAGGGUGUACCAGCGGUUGCCUAGCAACUCGUCGCAGGUACUAGUCUGUGGGACUCAGUCGGCCAUCCAGCCACAGUGCCGGAUCCUCCUGUUGGGUGUAAGAGGAGAUGAAGGAUCAGUGGAGGUAGAGGAGUUUGCAGCUGUCCCGGCCUCAGACGGUCUGGUCUCCUAUCUUCCUCAGUUCUCUGAGUUUGGACAGUUCAGAACCAGCAAUGAUGAAGACACUGUCUUUCUGGCAGCUGGAUUCUUCGAUGGAGAGAACAGUGCCGGACGACAUUUUAGCAUCUCCUACAAGAAUAUCACCACGGCAACGUCCUCUGACCCCAACUCCCUAGCAACAGAGGAGCUAUUCCGUACAAUCAGUGCCAACAACAACUGGUUGACUUUUCCAGUGACUUUUGUCGGAGUCGAGAAAGCAGAUUAUGACGCAACAAACGCCAGCGAUUAUCAGUUCUGGUUCAUCUUCCUACGAGAGAAACUGGUGACGGAUGACGUCAUAUACUCUCGUCUGGUGAGGGUGUGUCGCAAUGACCCCGGCUCCAUGGCGACCGAGGAGGGCGGGGCCCGGCAUUUCUCGACGUUCAUGAAGGCUAGGAUAUUCUGUGACAAACCAUCCACUCUUGAAUUUGCUGACACUCUGGACUACGUUUAUAACAGCAUCACCAGCUUUGUCUUCAGUGAAGAAGGUCGUUACUAUGACAACAGUGAGUCACCAACGAGACUAUUGUAUGGAUCUUUCACUGGUCCGAGUAACGGCCCAGUAGGCUCCGCCCUCUGUGUGUAUCCAGCAGACAACUCAGUAGAGACCUCUGCAGUUGCUGGCAGAACUAAGAGUGUGUUUGACAUAUUUCGUGAGGACAUUACCAGUGACCUAGAAGACACUACCGUUGAAAACGCUUUUGUUGAGUGUGCUCCUGAAGGUAGGGAUGUCGAUGAUCAGCGGCUACUCUUCAUAAAUCCUGACGUUUCCGUGGAGCAAAUAGGAAACGACCCAAUCCUUGUUCUCGAUGAUGUCAUAGUGAACCGCAUGGUCCAGGACACUGUGUGUGUGGUAACCAGGGGCGACAGGACGGCGUGUGUUAAUCAGGACGUGCUGUUUCUUGGAUUAGAUUCGGGGCAUGUCCUGAAAGUUGUGUUUGGCCUCGGUGAUGAUGGAGAGACAGUACCAGUCAUUUCAGAGGAUAUAGAGUUGGAUCCAGAAGACCCUCGCAAUGUGACGGACAUGAAGCUAAGGUCCGUGGGCGGCGAGAAAUUUCUCUUCGUCUCCACGGAUACGAGGGUCUACAAACUACCGGUUCAGAGGUGUGGUCGUUUCCCAAAAUGCCGCUGCAGUGAAUGUGUAGCGACUAGAGACCCUUACUGUGUGUACAACAUGGACACAUAUAUGUGUGAGCUGAACCUACUGUCACCCAGUCUGCCAGUUGACAACAAGUAUCGGCAGAACAUUCACGAUGGCACAGUUGAAUCAUCGUGUGACUGUCCAAGGGUCGGCAUCAGUCCACCUGCGGUUGCCGUGGGAGAGGGGGAGGGAUCGGUGACCUUUGUCCUCUCGUCCACUAGACUAGUGUCAGUGUAUGUCAAGACAGUCAGUGGAACGGCAGUAUCGGGGGAGGAUUAUGUGGAGGUUGACUCACCAUUUAACAUCUCUACUGAGACCAAUGUAACCGUUGGCAUAGUCGAUGACGUUGCCUUGGAGACGGCUCAGGAAUUCAAUCUCAGCCUCUCGUCUGACAGUGUGUACUUUGAGAGAGACCAGGUGUCUGUCACAAUCCUUGACAACGAUGGAGAGAGUGGAGUUCCGUUCUCCAUCUUAUUUGACGUCCUUGAUCUUCGUGACCUGUCUCUCUCCUGUGACAACCAGCUGAAAGUUGACGAUCAGUUCACUAGUGACAUGAUAGGGGGUGUGGUCUCUGGUGUUAGGUCACAGUGUUGCCAUGACUUCAGUUCAGCCCACAUCAUCAAACACUCGUCUCUGCUCUCAUGUAACCAGGAUAAAUGGCAGCUGCUUUUCCAGGCAGAGAUGGUUUCCACGGAGACAGCAAACACGUCCCUCAUUCUCGUUUCCCUGGCAACCUGGGCUGAGCCUGGUCCCCUUGUUGCGGCCUCGGAGACCGGCGUACAGCUGAGACCAAAUGACGUGUGUACGUCGGACGACAAGUCGUGUUCCAAAGCUCCACCACUGAGUGGAUUGUCCAGUGAUUCGAACCAACGUGAUGCCUUCAUAGCAGUGUUGGUGCUGUUCCUGAUAGUCUCCAUCGUGUGCUGCGUUCUAGGAGCAAUCCUCAUCGUGACAUUCUGCAGACACCUCAGAAACAGCGCUGACCACGAUAAUAGUGACGGUAUAAGGUGCGUUCUAUUUUUAGUACAGGUGAUGUCGUGGUAACAUUGUCGUUGUUCCUUCACAGAAAGUAUCCAAGGAAACUAUCGCAGAUGUUGUUCCAGCAAACGAAGAUCAAGACACCAUCUGGUACACUCUCUUCUGACAAUGGUUCUCAGGUAUUCAUAUGUAGCAAUUGUUUCAGCAAGAUUUUAGACUUAACAGCACUGUUUUACAAAACUCAAGCACAAUCGUCUACUGUGGAUGCCACUCUAAUUCCGUGUUAAUGCAGUACAUUGUUAUAAUAUCCCCAACAACAGUUCUUACAUGCAAUUUAACCCCUGAAAUAGGACACCUCACUAAUAUGGACACUUUCAUUGGUAUAAUUAUAUCUCUCAUUAGAGGAGUUCCACUGUAUUAUUUGUUUCCCUCGCUCCUGACAGGCGUCACAGACCAACGAUCCCUCGUCGUCUCUACGGCAACUAGUGUCCCCGCCCACCUCCUCCCUCACCUCACAGACGUCCAGACAGCUGGACACAGUGCCAGAGGAGGAGGAACCAGCUUCACUCUACUUCACCCCCGCUAACAGUCUUAACCCCUCUGUGUACAGGUCAGCAGAUGAUGAAAUGAAGAAGAAUGUUGCUUAUGGCCGCUGUGGAGUUGAGAAGGGGGAGAAUGGAGAGGAAAAGACUGACAUUGAGACUGAAAAUGGAGAGACAUGUACAAAUAGCGUAUUGUGAAAAGAGUGCCCACUUUAUCCUUUAUCCAGCUGCAUUAUAAUCCUUUUUGAUUAGAUUUUUAACAAAAAACACACAUAAUUAAUUGAAAACUUUACAUCACAUAUAAAACAACACAACAUUUCAUUUUACAAAGUAUUCAAUCAACACACAAUGUGCAGAUGAUGAUGAAAAAGAGCGAUGGUCUAGCCUAUAAAGUGCAGGAAAAACAACAUGUGUAACGUGAUAAAGCAUUGCCAUGACAACAAGAUGACAUCAUUCCUCUCUGGGGUGCAAGUGGUCGCCGUUGGCAACGGAGGGGUCACCCUUCUUGGUCCGUGCCUUCAGUGCGGCAGUCAGUUCGCCUUUGAAAGUGAGUGUGGUACCAAGAGGUUCAUUGAACACGGUCGUCGAGUCGUUCCCAACGAAACUGGUCUCGAAGAUGGGGAGGUCUUUGGAAUCUGGUGUCUUUUCUCUCAUCUCCUCGUCUGUACGCACCUGAACAUCAAUGUAGUGAUGGAACUUGUUCCCACUCACACCUGCCGUAUAGUACGUGUGAGUUCUUCUCUUCUUCCUGGCUAUCAGGAGAGCAAUCACCACGGCAACAAUUGCUAUGGCGACGAUCAGUAGGAGCAGGAACACAACGAUGGAGAUUGCAGUAAUAACCCCAUCAUCACUGGAAUCGUCGCUAUUCGGGGUGUCUGGUGGGGAUGGGGUUAAUGAUGGAGACGAUGACAGAGAGAGGGACAAUGGUGGGUGUGGCUCUGUUGCUAAUGGUGACGAUAUAGUAGCAGGGAUGUGGGAGGGACUUGUUGUUGCCACGGGCGAUGAAGUAAACACACCACCAGGGGGUUCUGAAGAUGUCUGUUCUGUUGAAGAUGACGAUGGACGAGGAGCAGAGGAAGGGGGUGGAGCUAGUACGGAUGUAGUGGUAAUGAGUGUUGUUGGCACGGCAACAGCAGUUGUUUCCGUUUCAGCGACAUCAUCUCUAGUGGACGACUGAGAGGGCGUCUCGACCACAGGCGAUGAUGGCAAUGAAACUGAUUGCUGUAUUGUUGCCGUGGAUACAACUCUGGUUUUCGUGGCAACAGGAAUUGUCUCGGGUGGUGCCACAGAUGUGACCACACCCACUAGAGGUGGCGACGUCGUUGGUAAUUGAACCACUGAUGACAUCAUGAUGGGAGUUGAUGACAUCACCACCAAUGAUGAUGUAAUAUCUCCUGUUCUAAAAAUAACCUCAGUUGUGUCAAGACUGGAUUCAGGCAUUAGUGGCCCUACGUCCACUGGACUCAUCCCGGAUCCACUUUCAGCCCUGCACUGUUGAGACGUUACGUAGAGAACUGCAGUCAGACAGAGUAUAGAGAGGUCCAUGAUCCCUGGACAGUGCUACAGACUCGUCCCUGGUCCUCUCCUCAGCUGCGGAUGCUAGAACGCGAGUGUCUUUUCGCCGGGG